CGGAGGCCUUGUCCUCUCCGUCCAAUGGCCAGCCAGCUCGAUGCAAAGGACAACAACAACAAACAACAAUACCGGUACCGGUACUGUAGCUCGAGCGAUAUCAAAUAAAUGAGAUACCGGUAGCACGCAUUAUUACUGGAGAAAAGAGGAAAGAAGUCAAUAACACAGUGUUGCAUACGGUAGAAAGAUGUCAUUAUCCCUUCCAUCUGCCGCGUUUUUUCGACGGCUGCUCCUGCUGUGGUUGUCAACAAGCAUCCCGACGGCAGUAUCCUCACCGCCUUGGUCACCCUCCGAGACGGCGGAUUCCUUUGUUCUCUAUCCCCCUGAACUCUCCGAAUUGAUGGAAAGGGAAUUCAAUCAGUUGUAUAAGAGUCCUGUCAUUCACAUCUUUAACACUCUGCCAGAGCCUUCUUCGUUGCGCCUGUGGCCUCUCAUCAAGGCCCUGACGGUACGAAACCAUCAGCAAAAUUUUGUGCUUUGGUCUCACCCGGUGUAUUAUUUGAUUCCUGGGUCCAACGUGGGCUGUGUUGAAAACAGCACUGCCGAUAGCUGGUGUCAAGAUCACUGUACUCAUGGAGGACGCUAUUGCUAUGACCCAGAGGCAGCACUAGAAAACAACAACGCUACUUUAUCGCCCCAAAUCAAGGGAAAAGACGUUCUUUUGGAAAUCCUCCGUCGAUUGUGCUUUGAUCAGUUUUACGAAGCAUCAGAUUAUGAAUUCUUUGACUACUUGGAACGAUUCGAUCGUGCCGACUGUUGGGCAUCUGGGAGUGACCAAAGUAGUCUGGCCAGUUGUUCCAUGGAAGUAUUGAAUGACUUGCCUAAAGCCAACUACCUUCUCUUGGAUUACUGCGUGGGCGAUCCUGAGUCGGAUGACAUGCAGCAUGAGUUGUUGGAAGGUCAAUUGCAAGAUUUUCAAUCCUACAACUUGAGUUUGACGGAUCUUCCCGUCUUGACGUUUGGAGACAUCGUCUAUGACGGCGAAGAGUAUACGGUGGAUGCCAUUUUUGAAUUUUACUGCAAUUUCUUUCGAACAGAUGACAGCGCUCUUGAAAACUUCGAUAUGGUGCCCCUGGCUUGUGAUAUCUGCGAACCCUGUGCCGAUGUGCAGACCUGUCUUUGGACUCUGGAGUGUGACGGGGUACCCUUUAAUGGUACCGAGUUUGCGGUAACAUAUCCCGGCAUCACCAGCGUCUCCAAAAGAACAAUAGACACAGAUGACUAAAGCAAACCAUGAUCUCCAUGCAACAGAGAGACCAGCUUUUUUGCUACCCACCCGAUCCCCAAUACAAGACCUGUGAUCAACAUUCCGCCAUUGUACCUAUCUGUCUUUUUGUCUGGUCUUGAAGUUCAACAUAAUUAAUACCAUUGCAUGAUGUAGAAACCAAGUUUUUUCUUUUCUGCUACCGUACAUCUGGAUAGUCUACUAGCUUCGAUACGAGUACUCUUCAUAUGUUGCUUGCUUACAUCAUCCACUCCCAGCCGAAUCGAAUCAGAAUGAUCUAC